AUGGCUGACAGACAUAAACGAUGGAUCGAUGAUGAAGAUGAUUGUAUCAUUGUCAGUAGUAAUACACUACCUAAAAAACGUCGUGUUGAAGAAUCACAAGACAGCCAACAAAAUGCCGAUCAUAAACGAUGGAUCGAUGAUGAAGAUGAUUGUAUCAUUGUCAGUAGUAAUACACUUCCUCAAAAACGUCGUGUUGAAGAAUCACAAGACAGCCAACAAAAGGCCGAUCAUGAUUAUCAUGAUGAACAAGCCUUGGACGACGAUCUGAUAGAAGAAAGCAAUGAUUCACAAAUAGACGAUCAAACGAAAAGCGGUAUAAUCCUACAGAUCCAAUUGAUUAAUUUUAUGUGCCAUUCCAAUCUGUCGAUGACAUUAGGAGGAAAUGUCAAUAUCAUCAUUGGCAGAAAUGGAAGUGGUAAAAGUGCAAUCAUGACUGGUAUCAUCAUUUGCUUAAGUGGACGUCCUAGCAUUACCAAUCGAGCUUCUUCCUUGAAGGAAUUCAUUAAAAAAGACGCCAAAUACGCUCGGAUUAUAAUAACUUUAGCAAACAACGGCCCCGAUGCAUAUCGCAGGAAAGAUUUUGGUCCCAAAAUUUUCCUUGAAAGGCAGAUUCGGAGAGAUGGCCAUUCCACGUGCAAGCUAAAGUCUGCAAACGCGAUUUUAACGUUUAUCAUCUUUCACCUGCCUAGAUCGAAUAUUUUUUAUAAUGAGAAAACAAAGCGCAACUUAGAAGAUGAGAUUAAGCGAUUAGAGGCUUCUAGUCAAAAUCGGCUAGAAGUGUAUGGGCAUUACAUGCCAGAGCUGGUCAGGCGUGUACAAGAGGCCCAUCAGAGACGACGAUUUCAUAAGUUCCCUCUUGGACCAUUAGGACAAAAUGUUACCUUGAAAGAUCAGAAAUGGGCAGUUGCAAUUGAGAAUUGCUUGGGUGAUCUACUAAGAUCAUUUCAUUGUCAUGAUCAUCACGAUAAAGAUAUUCUAUUAGACAUAUGCCGCUUCAUGAGAAUCCCUAGAAUGCCAACUGUUGUUGUCAGUAAAUUUUUGGUAAUGCUGCAAGCUGUUCGAAUUUGUAAAUUAAAUGAAUUUAGUAAAGGAAUCGAAAACAUUUUACUUAUCGAACAUCGAGAAGAAGCUAUAAAUUUUUUGACAGGUAGAAAUGUUCCUGGAAAUGUCAGAGAGGAUGUACGUUGUCUUAAUACGCAGGCCUAUAUAAUCAAUGGUGACCAUCUUUAUGGCGGCGCUAACUUCAGAUAUUAUUCCAAUUUUCGGCGUGGAGUUCAUUAUUUUGUACGAAAUGUAACAGAAGAAAUAAGACGUAGAAAAUCGCUUUUUGAAAAUUGCAACAAUGACAUUCGCAACGCUAAUACUCAUAUGACAUCAAUUCAGAGGAAUUUAGAUAAAAUUAAGGAAAUCCAAGAGUUGCAAUCGUUUGACGUCAAAGCCUCUGAUUUGACAGCAUUGGAAACUGAAUUACAUGACAGAGAGGAAGAAAUUGAGAAAGAUAAAGAAGAGUUAGAAAAACUCGUGGUAUCAUGCCGCAACGUAGCCACAAAAGCUACAACAUUGGAAGAUCAGAUAAAUGGCCUCGAAAAUGGGAUACAAAAGAUCGUGGAAGAUAUGAAACUGCUUAAAGAAAAACGUAAAGAAAUUGAAGUAGAAUACAGGAGUUAUGAUAGUCAAUGGAAUGAAUUGCAAUCAAAAAUUGAUCAAUUGUAUCGUAAGAAAAAUGAAAAAUUACAAACUAUUUCUUAUCAAGAAAACACCGUAGAGGCGUCCAAGGAAACCGCUUUCAAGUUAUCUCCAACGCGAUGUAACUCCAGUUUAGAUAUUUCAACAUUGAAUAAACAAAUUAAGGCAAAGGAAAAACGUUUAAUUGACCAAGAAAAAGAAACUGGUACUCGUGAAGAAAUUCUGGCCGCUUACGUUACUGCAAAGAAAAUGUAUGAUGAACAAUGCGGUCACCAUACUAUACUUGAUAGUACAUCUAAGCAACUGAACAAUCAAUUAAAGAAGCGACACAAGCUAUUUACAGGAAUGCUAAAAAUUUUAACUGAACAAAUUAUCACUACAUUUCGUAUAGCGUUGGCAAAAAGAGGAUAUCUUGGUACUAUGCUGAUUGAUCAUAACGAAAAAAAGAUAUCUUUAGAUGUUAAGAUAUCUGCCAAUGCAAAAACCUCUGGCACCGGUUCAUUGUCAUGUGGUGAACGAUCAUUUUCAACUAUUGCUUUUAUCGUCGCGCUUUGGGAAGUAACGGAUUCACCUUUACAAUGUUUCGAUGAAUUUGACGUUUCUAUGGACAUGGUCAAUCGAGAUUUGUGCAUGCAUACUUUGCUACAAUUAGCCACGACAAGAAAACUUCGCCAGUUUAUAUUUCUAUCUCCACAGAACAUGAGCAAAUUAAGGUUUAAGGAAAACAUCAGAAUUCACCGUUUACAAGAUCCUGCACGUGAAAAUAAUCAACCACCAAUUACGGAUAGCUUAGUUAGACAGUCCUGA